CCCCAUCCCGGGUCAGGUUGUAGGAUGCCAAGCUGGUUCAGAGGGCCAGCCAGACUUUGGUGUUCUGGUCCCAAGUGCCCAGCAUGCCGCCUCCCCAGAGGCCUCUAGUCUGGCCUGGCCAUCUCCUUUAGAGAGGAGGAAACCAGAGGCCAGAGAGGUUCGGUCAUUUGCCCAAGAGUCACCGUUGGGGUUUGUGAUUGUGGUUGGAGUUUACGGAGUCCAUCUUAACAGAAUUUAGAGUAGAAAGGGGUCAAAACCCUUUAUUUACAAAGGAGGAAACUGGCUCAGAGAUAGAAAGGGGACAUGCCCAUGGUCACGUGACUGGGGUGAUCUCAGGGCAUGGCGCUCUAGGCAGGGGGAGGGCUUACGGGACAGCGGGCCUCUGGCCUUGAGGAUGGACGUGCCUUACACGUAGGGAUGUUCUGUUCUUCGGACUUUCCUCCCAUCGCCUGGCACGCAGGCCGGCGAAGGUGAAGCUUGUUUUCUGAGGCAGUCUGCUCAGAGGGGUCCCUUGGCAAGGUGGGAGAAGGGGAAGGCGUCCCGGAGGCCAAUGGGGGCCUGGCUGUGUUCUCAGUACCUCACUGUCACUGUAGGUAGUGGAGCUAUACGUGAGCCUAGCAAAAGUCUGGAGUAAGACCUCACCAUGCUUUACAGGUGGUCAGGGAGACAAACCCCCAGACCAAGUUCAGCCCCUGAAGGGUAAGGAGGAAUUUUUAAAAAUUAGUUAUGAGAGGCAAUGGCACUUAGAUGGUUGAUCUCAGAGUCAGGAAGACCUGGGUUCAAGUCCCACCUUUGAUAACAUGAGGGCUGUGAGACCCUGGACAAGUCCCUUAAUAUCUCAGUGCCUUGAGUAACUUAAGAAAAGGUCUGAUCCAGUCUGGUCCAGGUCCCAGUCACACAAGCAUUUAUGAACCGCUCUAUCUCUGAUAGCCACUGUGCUAAGGGAGGCGAGAGGUGGAGGGUGCAGAUUUGAAAAGAGAGCUUACAGUCUAGUGAGGGGAACACAAGGCACGCUAGGAGGAAGGGUGCCCGGCACCUGGGCCAUUGCUGGGGGCGGCUUCCCGUGGGGGAUCUGGGAGGGGCCUUCACCCCGCCCUGCCUGAGAUGGGAGCGCCAAGGCCUGAGGGCGUGCAGAACGAGGAGGUUCCCAGGAGCGAGAUGGGGGCAUCCGGGGAGGGUUGGGUGGGAAACUAAGGGCUCUCCUCCCCGUUCUGCCAAAGAGGCCAGGUUCAGGUGGAGUGGAGCAGGUGUGUGACCCCGCAGGGUCACUCCUCAUCUAAAAUGAGGACGUUGGAUGACCCCGGAGGUCUCUCCUAGCUCAGAAGCGGGGAUCCUCUGAUGGACUGUGGUCACACAACCUGGCCACCCCCAGCGCAGCCACGCGUCUCUCACCUGGCUCCUCUCCGUCACCUACUGUGACUAAGCUUCUUGGGGUAGGAGGUGAGAGGGAGAACCUUGGCUGCAGCUCAGCUGUGCUGAUAAGACUGGUAUCGCUUAGCUAGCCUUGCUGGGGAGGAACAAAGGAGGUAGGAGUGGGGGGAAGAGUGAAUCAGGGAAGUCUUCCUGAAGGAGGUGACUGUUAAAGCCAGGUGGAAGUAGACAUUGGGAAAUCCUGCUAAGGUGGGUGGUGAGGGCGGACAGAAUUCAAGGAACGGUGAGUCAGCAUUUGACUUAUCCCAAGCCUUAUCGAGGGGGGCUCAGGAGAGAAGAUCGGGAAUAGAAGAAAGUUGGAUUGUGGGGACUCCUAAAUGCCAGGGUAGGAAUUAGGGCUUUCAUCUCAUUAAUCAUGCUAAAUCACAAAUGAAUGAAUGAGCAUUUAUUAAGUGCUUAUGGAGCUCCUAGGCAGGAAGGGUUGGUGGGAUCAGAGGGGGCUGUGAGGACCACUGGCUUACUUGUCUGGCCUUCGAAGCCCCGGGCUAAUCCAGCAUGUUUCACACACUCCUUACAAAUGGUUCCCUUCCCUUUUUCCCCACUCUAGCUCACCUAGGAAGGCGAGAUAGAAUCCCUGCCCCCUCCCUCUUCUUCUCUGUUGCACCUAUGCCCUCUGUGUUUCCUAUCUGACCAGCAGCUGUCCAGAGCAUGUCCAUCACCCAGUUCAGCUGAAGUGUGUGUGGGGGGAGGGAAGAGCAGGGAGACUGGUCAGAGGCCCAGCCCUGGAGGGCCGGCAGCAGGCAGGGCAGCUGAUAACCCUGGCCCCUUGCCUCUACAUCUGAGGUAGGCAGGGAGGCAGGAAGGGUGCCGUGCUGGGGCAGAGGAGAAGGAGAAGGGACAGGCUGGAGUGCACGUGGGUAAAGGCAUAGAAAAGAGAGGAGUGGACAGCGAGCCAUGGAGGGUGAGCUGAAGCUAAAUGGUUACCUGAACACAACUAGAAGGAGAGAGACUUUUAAACUUUGGGAGGGCCAGCGUUAAAAGAGGCAGAAUGAGGAGCAGCCGGUCUCAGAAAAUCUGAUUUCUGCUCAAUGUGAGUGGGGACGAGGGCUCCUACCAACUAGAGCUACCCAACAGGAAUGGAGGGCUCGAGCAGAAAGAAGCUGGGGGAUGGGGGCCAACCACAGCUGGGCCCGGAUGGCUCUGGCCUCCUUGCCUUGGUAGGGGGCAGAGAGGCCCGGCCCUGGGAUGGCUCUCAUCUAGAAAGCCCCACAAUCCUGCCAUUCUGAUGUGCCCAGAUACGCAAAUGGGCUCAGAGCUGAAAUGACCCAAAGUUACACUUGCAUUGACUGUGACGGAGCUGGGCUGGAACCCAGGACCAGCCCUGUCCAGUGGCUGGCAAUCUGCUGUGGGUCUGACCUGCCCCUCGAGCACCUUGGGUUUCCUUGGGCAACUUCAUCCUCCCCCUGGCCUUCAGUCUUCUCCCUCUGUAAAAUGAGAUUAGACCAGAUGGUUGCUAAGGAGCCCUUAAGUAUCUCUGCCUCCCUCCCUCCUUUCUCUUCCCCUCAUCUCUUUUCCCAUCCCUGUGCCCAUCACCCAGUCCUGGGUCCCUAGUUCUAUUGCUCAUGGGUUUCCUGAAGGAAUGAACCAAGGAAGCUGGUCAGGGGGUGAGUGGGUGGGUGUGCCCAGUACUACUUGGCUUGGGGCAGGGGUGGCAAAGAGAACAUCCCUAUAGUUGGUGAGGGCGGAGGUGGAGGUGGGAAGACCGGUUGGGUUGGGUUUUUUUAGGGCUUCUCUGGGCCUAGACACUCAGUCCAGUGGGGCCCAGGAUGCGGCUAGCACUAGGAGGGUAUUGAGGUCCCUGCUGAAGCUGCCUCCCCACCAGGUAUGGGGCAGGGGUAUGGGAGAAUGGAGGGGGGCAGAAAGGAAGAGGGAUGGAGGAGGGGAUGAGGGGCCAGGCUCCCCAAACUUUACCCACCUGUUCCCUUAGCACCCCACAAACUCCAUCUGUUCCUCCAAAUUUACCGUUCCCCCAAGAUCUCACCUUUCUUUCCUCCAACCUAACCUAUCCCCUCAGCUAUUAUCUACUCCUCAAACUUACCCAGUAUCCCAUCACUUACUUCUGAGAACUUUAGUCAGCCCUAAAUAUACUCAGCUCCCCAAGCCGCAACAGACCUUCUUCGUUCUUCCCAUCACUUAGCUGGUAAACCCUCUCCUCCCUAACCUUAUUCAUCCUUAAUACUUUUCAGUGGGAGAUAACACCCUAGGAGACAUAUCUCCCCCAACUUUGAGAAAGUUGGACAGGGUUGUGAGUGGGGCAGUAACCGAAUACUUUGUUCUUCUCAGGUCAGUAGUACAAAUACUUUGCUCACUUUACAGACAAAGAAACUGAGGCUCAGGGGGGAAAUGUCCAAUGUCAAACAGUCAGCUGCACAGUCAAGAACAGAACUCGGGUGUCUUGAUUCCAAAUUGAUAUCCUUAGGGGGAGAGCUCCCUAUUGCCCUUUCCAGCCCCCUCAGAAUCUUUGGAGGGGGAUCACAUCCUGCCUUGCCCAAUUCCAAGUCUUGAGCCUCUGCCCUGUCUCUUAUUUCCAGCAGGAGGUGGCUGACCAGACAGGGCACUCAGCUUUCCUAUGGCCAAGCCCUAUGCUGCUCUGGGCACCGUCGGGACAAUGCCCUCCAUGGGCCAGGCUCGCUUCCGGCUGGAUCGCUUUGUUGACCCUGAGAGCUAUCAGGGGAAAGACAUAGUGACAGAGGAUGACGUCUACUGCAGCUGUCUGUCGAAGACGCUGUGCCACGUACCCACACCUGUGACGGUGGGCUUCUAUGCCCCCUUUGGCUGCCGACUGCACAUGAUGCUGGACAAAAUCACAGCCCUCAUGCAGAAGGAGGCAGCCCAGCGGGAAGCGGAGGAGCUCCAACAGGCGCAGUGGAAGCCUCGCCAGGUGCACGGCUGGGGCUUCCCGCGGCUCCUCUGGUACUUGGUCUUCUACCAGCCCGUCAUCACGGAGCUCCACCUGCGUCGGAAGAACGUGCAGUUCCUGUUCAUCCGCUUCAGCGCCUGGCAGUACGCUGGCACGGACAAGCUGUGGGCCGGGCUGGUGACCACCCUGUGUGAGGGCAUCCGCAGCCACUACGGGGCUCUGCCCUUCAGCCUCUACACUGUGGUGGGCAACAAGCCGGCCAUGUCCCCGGACUUCUGCCGGCGCGAGUGGCACUGCCGCCGCAGGGUGUGCCUGAUCCUCCUGGCGCUGGCCGCGGCCCUGGCCCUGGGCGUGGGCCUCCUCUACCUCUCCGUCAGCGGCAGGGGGCCCGGGCGGGAGGGGGGCGGCCACGGGAGCAUGCUCAAAGUGUUUGGGGGCGCGGCCACCACCCUGUCGGGCUCCGGCCUGCUCAUGGCGCUGUACUCGGUGGGCAAACACUUGUUUGUGAGCCAGCGGAAGAAGAUCGAGAGGCUGGUCACCCGGGAAAAGUUUGGGAGCCAGCUGGGCUUCAUGUGUGAGGUCAAGAAGGAAGUGGAGCUGCUCACCAACUUCAUCUGCUUCCUGGAGAUCUUCCAGCGGCGGCGGCUCCGGAUUGUCCUCGAGGUCACCGGCCUCGACACCUGCUACCCGGAGCGGGUCAUCGGUGUCCUCAACGCCAUCAACACGCUGCUGUCGGACAGCCAGGCCCCGUUCAUCUUCAUCCUGGUGGUGGACCCCCACAUCUUGGCCUCGUGCCUCGAGAGCUCCGGCUCCAUGAAGGGUGUGGCCGACAACGGCUACCUCUUUCUCAACCGCACCGUCACUCUGCCGUUCUCUGUGCCCAUCAUGGGGCGGCGGACCAAGCUGCGCUUUCUGGAAGACGCCGUACAGAGCCGGGACGACCUGCUCUACCGGGCCAUCACGCGGCAGCUGGGGGGCAGCCAGAAAGGCGGCCCCCCCGGGGCCGAGGGCACGGAGCUGCUCCGCGUGGAGGUGUCGGGGGGGCAGGACCGGGGCCGCAUCGAGGCGGAGGCCGGGCAGCGCAUCCAGGAGGCCCUCUUCUGCCUGCACGACGAGCAGGACUGCCUGUAUGAAUACAUCCCGGACAACGUGGUUUCCAUGCGCCGCAUUGUGAACACGGUGCCCAUCACCGUGAGGCUGCUGCACGAGCACCAGGCCCGGGGCGGGGCCAUGCGGCCGACACCGCGUCAGGCCGUGGCCUGGGUGGUGCUGGCCAACCAGUGGCCCUGCCGGCUAAGCUGGGCCCUGCAGUGCCUAGAAGACCGCCAGCAGGUCGAGGGCGGCCCAGACCCGCAGGCUCCGCUCUGGGGCAUCUUCCGAGACAACAGCCGUGAGCUGCACACCAUGACCAAGGCCCUGCAGAAUGUGGUGGACCUGGACGGUGACCCAGAGCUCUUUGCCCGCUUCCUGGGCAUCGACUUCCCUUUCACUGUGGCAGAGGCUCAGAGCCUGCUCUGCUGCACCGUCAAUCUGGACCACUCUAUCCGCCGCCGCAUGGGGCUCAUCCGGAGCAUCCGUGCCCUCAACCCGCCGGGCAGUGCCCCUCACAGCUCUGCCUCCCAUUUAGAAAAGCCGCCCUCCCCCCGGCAGGACCGGCUCUUCCGCGCCGGCAAGCCCGGCAGUCUCUUGAAUUCGGGGGAAGGGUCCCACGCCCCUCAUUUCUGAAUGCUAACCCAAGCAAAGCAGUGGCAGUCCAGACAGUGCGUCGAGGCCGGGCAGCGGGAGGCCCGGUGUCCUGCAAACCACCCCCACCACGAGGGGCAGGCUCUGGCUGAUUCUGGACCUCAUCGGGGCUCACUCACAGGAGCGGGGCUCCGCUUUUCCACCUCCCAGUGAAGCAGUGUUAUUAAUUCGGGCCUUGGUAGUCUCCCAGCAGUGUGUGUGUGCACGUGUGCAUGUGAGUGUGGGUGCACACAUGGGGAGACCAAACUGGAACCCCCCCCUUCAGUGCAAUAAAGAUGUGUCACAGUC